AUGUCUACUCAUUACGAUGCCAUAAUUAUUGGCUCCGGUCAAGGCGGCACGCCACUUAGUAUGGCUUUUGCACAAGCAAAAUACAAAACUGCCUUGAUAGAGAGCUCUCAUGUCGGCGGUUGUUGCAUUAACGAAGGAUGUACCCCGACCAAAACUUUGAUUGCAUCCGGAAGAGUCGCGUAUCUUACACGCCGCGGUCCUCAGUACGGCGUAUAUGCGAAUGCUGGCGCCGACGCUGCCAGUAAUGAUGUUCAAGUGAAUAUGGAGGUUGUGAGAAAGCGAAAGCGCGACAUUGUCGACAGUUUUCGCUCCGGAAGCGAGCGAAGGCUGCGAGAAGCUGGAGUGGAGCUUAUCUUGGGCACAGCAAGUUUUCAAGAUGAGCGUUCACUCCAGGUACGCGGCCUGGAUGGCCCCGAGAAGAGCCUCACUGCUGAUCGCAUCUUCAUUUGCAGUGGAGAACGCCCGGCUAUACCCCAGAUUGACGGAUUCGAUGUGGCUUCUUUCCCACCCGGUGUCAUACUUGACUCGAGCUCUAUCCAAGAGCUAGGAGUGGUCCCAUCACAUCUCGUGGUCAUCGGCGGAGGUUAUAUUGGACUCGAAUUUGGUCAACUUUUUCGCCGAUUGGGUGCUGCCGUCACAAUCAUUCAGCGUGGUAAUCAACUACUCCCUCGUGAAGAUGCUGAGGUUGCAGAAAUAAUGCAGAAGAUGCUGGAAGAAGAUGGCAUCCGCAUUCUUCUAAAGGCGGCCCCUACAGCUAUCCGCCCUCAUACCAGCAGUCAAGAUCCAGCCACCACAGUCUCAUUAUCUGUCUCAGUGUCUGGUCAAAAUGAUCAAUAUGAACUGAUGGCCUCCCAUGUUCUCUUCGCUGCUGGUCGCAUGCCCAAUACUGAAAAUCUUAACCUGGGCGCGGCUGGUAUUGAGUCGACUGCUCGCGGACAUAUUAUCACGGACGCGCAGCUACGCACAACCAAUAGCCGAGUAUGGGCCCUAGGCGAUGUUAAGGGAGGGCCAGCUUUUACACAUAUAUCAUAUGAUGACUUUCGUUUGUUGCGAACCAACUUGCUUGAGAAGGGGAAUCUUACCACAACUGACCGUCUCGUACCUUACGUCGUCUACACCGAUCCACAGCUUGGCCAUGUUGGCCUACACGAGCAUGAGGCCCGCGAAAAGUUCCCUGAUCGGAAAAUCCAAGUCGCUACCAUGCCAAUGUCCUAUGUUGCCCGUGCGCUGGAGACAGAUGAGUCGAGAGGGCUCAUGAAAGCCGUGGUUGAUGCUGAGUCGAAGCAAAUUCUUGGAUUCACUUGCUUGGGUAUCGAGGGUGGGGAGAUAAUGAGUCUGGUAGAAAUGGCCAUGAUCGGAGGCGUCAAAUGGACGGCAUUGAGCAAUGCCAUAUGGGCACACCCUUCGCUAGCUGAAAGCUUGAAUAAUAUUUGGAACUUUUUGAAAUAG